AUGGCUGACUUCGACUCGUCGCCGUUUUCGGAGUCUUGUCAAAGCGACGGAGUCUACGACGAGACCAAUGCGGACACCUUCGGCACCUUCGAGGGGAGGGAACGGUUGUCCGAGGUACCAUCCCCUGGCCAGUCCACCAGUCCACAACACCAGAGGAAUUCUUCGGCCUCACCCACGCCCGGAACCAAGCAACCUUCGCCAGCUCGCAAACGCGCCAAGAAAAAUUGGCUCUUGCCAACUCGCGCCUUCGGCCGUCAUGGUUUCCACGUGACAAGGCGAUUCGAGUACCACCCGCUGCCACUGCCGCCACGCCUUCAGAUGAUCCUCGACAAGGAAUAUAACAAGAAAAAGGUUGACACUAUCAACCGCCUGAUUUGUGCCUACCAGCCGAUUGACCUGUGA